AUGCCUUCAGUGAUUAACUUUUGCUUCGAGAUGUUCUUUCCUGUUCCCACUGCGCAAUUGCUUUUGGCCAGUGUCGGUGAAAGAGGCCGUCCCCUUCCGUCUAUUAUCGUUGGGUGUAUCUGGGUGCUUUUGUGGAAUUACGGUGCAAACCACUGGCUGAAUUUGGGCUUGGACUUCGCUGGCGGAGGCCCUGCUCGUCUUGCCUCUGGUGUUACAGUGCUUGUGUACUCUUGGUACCUUGGUCGUAGAGGAAAGAAAAUGUGCAAAGACAGAAUCACCAAUGAAAGAGACAACUCGUCCUUUAUUGGUGCCACGCUUGUUUGUGCAGCAUGGCUCAUGUUUAAUGCCAGCACUUUGGCUUUCAAUGGCAGAACAUGUUACAUUAUGCUCAACACAAUCCUUGCUUUCUUCGCCCACUCGGCUAUUGACAAAUUACUUACGGGAAAAUUCUCACUUCAGUCUGCUUGUGAAGGAUUUGUUACUGGUUUGCUUGAUAUCACUCCAUCCUGUGGUUGCUACUGGCCAUGGGUAGCCGUUAUCACCUCCAUUUUCACUACUACCAUCUGUCGCUCUGUUGCGAGAUUCGGAAUCGAUAAUCACAGUCUUUCUUUUUUUCUUCACGGACUAGGUGGAAUUAUUGUUGACAGUUUGGUUGGUGCUCUGAAUGGAGAUAUCGCAGACUGGACCAAUGAACAACGCAAGCAGUUAGUGUACCAGAUUGGCGCAUGGAAUUCCCUUCUUGCUUGGACUGGAGUUGUUAGCUUGAUUACUUUGUUCAUAGUGGACAAUAUUCCGGGCUUGCAGUUGGAAGCAAGUACGAAAAAUGAAGAAAAGGUGUAA